CUUGGUUGCAUCACAGCGUGGGGAUGCUGCUCUCUUUGAGCCAAGGCAGAGCAGAGACGGCGGAGAGGCGAUGGUGCUGCCGCCGCCGCUAGAGCAUCGCUUCACGCAGCGCGCGCAGGACCGGCGUAGUAAUAGCAGCGGUGGCAAGAGCUGCAAUUUCGGCUUUGCAGCCGUAGCGAGGACCCUGUAAAGCUCGGCCGAGGACGAUCCCGCCUAGUGCCAGAGCAGCCUCUGCGCCAGGGCGCGAAGAGGAGGAGGAGGAGGAGAAACUACCCCAGGCGGCUCCGCUCCCUCCAUUCAUUGCCUGCCGAGGAAGGAUUAUUGUUGUGGCGGGGAGGGGACUCUGGGCUGCUUUGCAGCGCACAGAGCCCGGGGGAAGGGGAAGUGGCGGCGGCGAGGGGGAGAGCUGCUGCGAAUCCCUGCGGGGCGACGUCAGCCCGCCCGCCGCUUCCCUUCACAAUCGCGGGGAGUCUCCCCAAUGCCUGCCAGCCGCUGCCUGGAUGUCUUUGUCCCUUCUCGUCCGGAGCUGGCAGGAGGCGGCUGGGCGCCUCUCCUGGGCGAGCGCUAGGAGCCUCUUCCCAUCACCGGCAGGCACCUCGCGGCGUCCCCUUCCGCCUGCUUCCUUCGCGAGUCCUGCUGUGUGCCCGACCAGCGCCGGAGCAAAGUUUGUGUGCCGGUCCGGAGAGAGUUCCCGCGGCCGCUGCAGGUGGCUGGCGGGCGGCUCUCGCGGAAAGGGCGUAGCUCCGCGGGGAGCCGGCCUGAGGGCGAAAUGAGCGGCAAGGGGCCGAGUCGGCGUCCGGGUUAGGCGCUGGCGCCUUGUGCCCGGCACCAUCCCCCGCUCUCCCUCCGCCGCUUCUUCCCGCGGGGAGGACGGCUCGGGCGCCCAUCGCGCACCCCCCGGGGGCAGGCUGACCCCCCGGGAAUGCUGCCUGGAGGAUGCUGUGGUUCCCGGUGAAGAAGAUCCGGAAGCAGUUCAAGCUGCUCCUGCUCCUGGUGCUGCUCACCUUCGCCGUGUGGUUCACCUACCUGCACAUCAGCCUGGUGCGCCAAGGCAAGGCGCUGCGCCUGCACUUCGCCUACGGCAGGGAUGGAGAGCGACUGGGUGAGGUGACUGAUCCUGGCAAGCGAGUGGCUGGGGCCCAUGCAUCCUCUCCUCAAAGGAAGGCUGAGGACUCCAGCGAGAGCCGGGAAGACGAGCAGAUGGUUGAAGAGCAGGGGGUUGAUGGGUGGUUUUCAAAAACACAUGGGCUUGACCGAGCUGGAAGACCCCCCAGACCAAACAUAACCCGACAUGUCCUGCCAUGGAAUGAGCAGUACAAAGGGAAAGCUAACUUGCAUGUAUUUGAAGACUGGUGUGGUGGAGCUGUAGGACAUCUAAGGAAGAAUCUGCAUUUCCCUCUUUAUCCUCAUACCCGCACAGCAGUGAAGAAGUUGGCUGUGUCACCCAAGUGGAAGAAUUAUGGGCUCCGUGUAUUUGGGUAUAUUCACCCCUUCAAAGAUGGAGACUUCCAGUUUUCUGUAGCUUCAGAUGAUAACUCUGAGUUUUGGCUCAGCUCUGAUGAGACUCCAGCCAAUGCACAUCUGGUGGCAUUUGUGGGCAAGCUGGGCUCUGAGUGGACUGCCCCGGGAGAAUUCACAAAAUUUAGCUCACAAGUCUCCAAGCCCGUUCGUCUCCUCUCCUCCCGGCGCUACUACUUCGAGCUCCUCCACAAGCAGGAUGACCGUGGAUCAGACCACGUAGAAGUUGGUUGGCGAGUGUAUCUUCCCAGCUUCAAGUUUGAAGUGGUUGAUUCUCCUUACAUCUCACUCUAUACAGAUGAAUCCAGUCUGAAAAUGAAUGAGGUGGAACAUGUGCCUCAGUCCCUCGCCAGCCACACUGGCAGCUACCUCUGGGGUGCACAGAGGAAUGAGCAUGGAGCAGAUAUGCUGAAUCCUGAUCCUCGGGACACUUUCUUCCUCACUCCCCAGAUCGAACCAUCCCGUGUGGAGAACGUGCUAGUGCCCUGUACUUACAGCCCCACAUAUGUGGUGAAGGACUUCCCUAUUGCCCGCUACCAGGGCCUGCAAUUUGUCUACCUCUCAUUCAUCUACCCCAAUGAUUUCACCCGGCUUACGCACAUGGAGACAGAGAACAAGUGCUUCUACAGAGAGUCUCCACUCUACCUGGAAAAAUUUGGCUUUUACAAAUAUAUGAAGAUGGACGAAGAGGAGGAGGAUCCUCAUCAGCGAGCCUUUCUCUUCCUGAAUCCUGAGAAUUUUCUUGAAGAGGAAGAGGAAGGAGCCGACAGCCCUGAGCCCACUGACCCACUUCCUGAUGUCAAGGAGAAGAGCCCCAGUGUGUUAGAUCCACAAGUGUUUCCUGGGAUGAAAAGGAAAGAGAGGCCUCUUACCACAAAGGAUUAUGGGGAUGACAUGGACUACUACACCACCCGUCAGAAGCAAAAGAGGUUUAAUGAAGUGGGAGCUCUGGCUGGGCAGCCAGUCACCGCAGGCAGAAAUAGUGGUCCUAGCCUGAGUCCUAUGACUCCAUCCAAGGGCUUCCAGGCCUAUGAAAAUGCAGCACCUUUAGGAGAACAGGUGGUUAUCUAUGGCCGGUCCCUCAGCUGGGCACAGAAUGAGGAGGAUGAGGAGAAUGGAAGGAAGGAAGGUGAGUUGGGGCUGUUGUCACCAUCAAAGCGGGGCAUUUCCCUCAGCCUCCAGCCCCAUCUUGCUGUGCCCUUCUUUGCUGGAAAGACCAAACAGCAGAGCCUCAAGGAGGAAAAGCAGCCCAAGGAGAACAAAAAGGCCCCCGAGAAAGUGUAUGUGACCCGCCUGCAGCCCAACAAGAAGAAGACCCUAUCCCCAAAGGAUGCUUUCCCUGGAGUCUUCCUCUAUCCCAAGCCACCAAGGAAGGUACACUUGAACUCCAGAACUCCUCAAAGGCGCCCUCUUCCCCCCAACAAAUUCCACACUGUCCCUGGUCACAGGACACCUUGGCUCACUGGCAACAUCUCCAGGGAAACAGAUCCUUCCAAAAGGAAAACCCAGCAUGCCAACAGGAAGUGGGGCCACCUUUAUGAUCAAGAGGUCCCCAAGGCCAGGAGUAAGCAGAAGAUGCAGCCCCGUGUUUUGACCCUGCCUGCAGAAGGGCUGUUCAGCAAAGAAACCUUUGAAGUCACAACCCCAGCAAGGACCACCCUGGAUUAUAAUUCAUCAGAGACAGUGCUGUCUGAAGGUGUGCAAGUGACCUCCUUCCUGCGAAUGUCAGAGAUGACAGAAUCUCAGCAGGAGGAGGUUGAGGGCCCAGAGAAGGCCCAGGAGGAAGAGGAGGAGGAGCUGUCUGACUACAGUUAUGAGAACUCUGAGCUGCAGCAGAACUGGCUGGAGGACUCCAUCAAUUGGCAAAGGACGUUCAGCGUCAGCCCCGUGGACUUUGAGCUGCUGCGCUCAGACUGGAAUGACCUGCGGUGCAACGUCUCAGGGAACCUGCAGCUGAGCGAAAGCGAGGUGGUGGAUGUGGUGGCCCAGUACAUGGAGAAACUCAAUGAGAAGAAUGGCGGCAUCUACACCCUCUUGCGGAUCAUCAAUGUGGAGAAACGGCGAGAUACAGCCCGGGGGAACCGAUAUCUGAUGGAACUGGAGCUAAUGGAGAGAGGCCAGAGGACUGUGCGGCUCUCUGAGUACAUCUAUGUCCUGCUGCACCAGGGCAAGUCAGAGGACAGCACUGAAGUCAACCCCGAAGGGCCUGCAACUGUGUCCACUGAAUCUCAGCCACCACCUAGUGCCUGGAGCCUGCUCUAUGGAAAGCCCAUCCUGUGCCGACCUCUGCGGCUCAGCUGGAGGCAUGAUGUUACUGUACAUUUUGUGGUGCCAGUGAAGAACCAAGCACGCUGGGUACAGCAGUUCAUCUCAGACAUGUCCAACCUGUACUUGAACACCAAGGAUGCCAACUUCAACGUUAUCCUAGUGGACUUUGAUAGUGACGACAUGGAUGUGGAGAAGGCACUUCAGGAGGCUCAUCUGCCCAGGUACCAAUACUUGAAGCGCACAGGGAACUUUGAGCGCUCGGCGGGACUGCAGGCUGGGGUGGACUCCAUAGAGGAUGGCAGCAGUAUUGUUUUCCUGUGUGACCUGCACAUCCACUUUCCCCUCAACAUCCUAGACAGCAUCCGGAAGCAUUGUGUGGAGGGCAAGCUGGCCUAUGCACCCAUCGUCAUGAGGCUGGGCUGUGGGAGCUCGCCCCAAGAGCCUAAUGGCUACUGGGAGGUGAAUGGCUUUGGCCUCUUUGGGAUCUACAAGUCUGAUUUUGAUCGUAUUGGGGGGAUGAACACAGAAGAGUUCCGGGACCGCUGGGGUGGGGAAGACUGGGAGCUGUUGGACAGAGUGCUGCAGAGUGGGCUGGAGGUAGAACGUUUGCGACUCAGGAACUUUUACCAUUACUACCAUUCCAAACGCGGCAUGUGGAAUUCGCGCAGCAAAAAGACACCCAAAGACUAAACACCAGCCCUGCCACCAGCUGAACUGUACUUCUGGCCCUCCUCAGGAGGUGAAGAGGAAGAAGCAGCCGCCUUGGCUUUGCUACCACAAUUUAGCACAGUUUCCACACUGCUGCAGGUGCACUCCUGGACACAGCAUCAGUCAGAGGCCUACCCAAGGGCUCUUGGAGUCGAGGGUUUUUAUGGAACUAUUUAAAAGAAACCAUGUUUACUUUGGGAUUUUUGUGGCUUUUCUUAAGGGAUCUAAUUUCUUAGUCAGAAAUUACAUUUAUUAACUCAGUAGUGCUGAAAGGUCAGGAUUCCUGCUAAAGGGAGAAAGAGACAAACCCUCCAGUGUUAACUGCCAGCCAGGUAGGAACUGGCUCUACAACGUUCAUGCAGUUGCCAGGGAAAGAUCACAGUGCUUCUUGCUCAUUAUUUGCCUCUUAGUGUGUGAUCCUUGAGCUUAAGCCCCUAAGUGAGGGGAGAAUGCAUGGGUGUAGGACCCAUUGGACAAACAGGGACAAAUGUCACUGGGGCCAGAGGGCCCUCAGGUCACCCCUGCCAUGCCCCUGGCCAAGCGGUGGCAGCACGGCUGAUGCCCCUGCCCCGCCACCACUAUUUGUGUUGGUCUGGGAGUGGGGUGGUGAGCUAGGCGGCGCAGUUCGGGCAGAGAGGCCAGCCAGCCAGCCAGAGCACCUGCCGCCGCUCAGCUCACCCCACCCACCCACCCCGGCCAACACAAAUAGCAGCGGCGGGGCAGGAGCGGCAGCCAAACAGUUCGGCUGGAGAGGCCGGUGGAGAAGCCGGCUGGCCACAGCGCCCGCCGCCACUCGGCUCACUCCCGCCCACCCAGGCCAACACAAAUGGCGGCGGGGCAGGGGCGGUGAGAUUUUGUGGCCUCACCCCUUGCAUCUGAUGUCAGACGCAGGGGGCAUGGCUUAGGGUGCUGGGGGGGCACGUGGCACUUUGUGUGCGAUGGGGAGGCCCCCUAAUAAGAUUUUGUCUCCUGGCCCCCAGGGAUCUCGCUAUGCCCUCGGGAGAAUGGAAGAAUCUUCAGUACGACAACGGCUGUUCACUCCUGAGAUGCCCAAUUUCGGCACAUAAUCAUGUCAAGGGGGACUCAGCAGGGUUCAUUGUUUUGCGAGGGCUUGAGAAAGAGAGAGAAAGAUUUGUAUCAAAGGAUUAUUGCAAUCUGCCAAAUCCAGCUUUGAAUGUAUGGUUCAUGCUUCAUUUUGCUAGAGUAGAGAGAGACUUUGUUUCAAAGCCCCUGUUAUCUUCUUACAUAUAUUUGCUUCUGUGGUUGAUAGAAGGCCUGAAAGAAGCAUUUCCCAUUCUGGCUUGGGGAUGCAGACAGGGUAAAUCGGUCCCAAUUAAAAUGAGUUUCACGAGGAAGAAGGGAUUAUCAUGAAGGUGUCUUUCACAGAUCCCACUUCUGUAUCUUUCACAGAACUACUUAUGCAAAAUUCUUGUUGAGGAAACAGUGCAAGUGUCUCAUCCAUCUUAUUCCUCCUCAUUUCUGUCUCAUGCAAAAUGAAAUUUGAACAUCUCCCCUGCCCUGGAGAGGUACAGGCUCUCAGUGCAAGGAAAGAUGGAGAAGAUGCAGAAGUUCUCUUCUAGGCCAAAUGGAAGGAGCAAAGAAACAUGAAGUACAAAGGACUACAUUUCCUGUUCCCCUUACAACAUUGCCUUGACUGAAGGGAUCUUUGAAUCAGCUGCCCCUUCCUCGGUCCCUUUCUUCUUCUGAUGAUGAUGAUGAUUUAGGUAAAUUAUAGAGCAAGAAUAGUUAUCCACAAUAUUUGAGAUGGCCAUGACGAGAGCCAUGGGGGUGGGGGAGGGAGAUAAUUUCAGGUUAACGAUCAACAAAGGAGAAGAGGGUAUUAAGAGCAAAUCCUGGCAACCUGAAUGCUGAGUUGCUUAAUGAGCCUGAGCAAGUUGCUAAAGCCACUCACCCAUCCAAACUAAUGGGACAAGAUUGCCCACAUCUUUAUGCUGUGAGCAUACCCACCCCACCCCUGCAAAACACUCUUCCACUUAUUUGGGAGAGGGGGUACCUAGCAACUUCAGGGCAAGGGCUGCAUGAACAGACUGAAUAGGGAACAACGCCAUGUUGCUAUUUCUGGUGCAAUCUCCUCGCUUUACCUGCCCCUCCAAAUGUGGAAAGUAGAUGAGGUUUCAUCAUAACCCUCAGGUUUCAUCUUCUGUCUACUGUAGUUUGAGUAUCAGAAAGGAGUGAAGCAGGAAUCAAAGGAGGAGAGGGCAAAACAAUAUUUCCAAGCUAAUUUCUGUGAAAUUAUGAGGUAGAAAGCUGUUUUCAGAAAGUUAUGUCUGGUUUUGGUUUUUUUAUUUUUAUUGAUAUUGUUAUUAAAAAAUAAAAUAAAUGUCUUGGUUCUGA